UACACUGCAGUCAUCGAAUCAAUCCUGUGUUCUUCCAUCACGGUUUGGUUUGGGGCCGCCACAAAAAAGGACAAAAUCCGACUUCAACGGACAGUUAGGACGGCAGAAAAAAUCGUUGGCACCGCCCUACCCACUCUUGAGGACUUGCACACUGCAAGAAUCAAGACAAGGGCACGGAAAAUCCUCCUGGAUCCCCCGCACCCUGCCCACCACCUUUUCCAGCUACUCUCCCCUCAGGCAGGCGCUACAGAUCCAUGCGCACCAAAUCCAGUAGACACUUAAACAGCUUCUUCCCUCUAGCCAUUAACUCCUUAAACAGUUACUGACGUAGUCACUCUUCUUGCACCACAAAAUGGUACUACAAAACUACUGGUUACUCUAAAAUGGUUCAGUGAUUUUGUUGUUUACCAUGAUACUAGUGCAGCGUGUUAUACCGGAGACAAAUUCCUUGUAUGUUCUACAUACUUGGCCAAUAAAGAUGAUUCUGAUUCUGAUGAAUUGAAUUGAUGUAUUUCAGUCAUUUCAUAAUUGCAUGUUCCAUCAUAAAUGAUGGAAAAAUGUUUUUUAAUUUUACCUCUGGUUAUGUGGAACUACACCUUCCUCUGUAAAAACGAGAAUUUGACGAGGCCCUAGUUUUCAGAUUUCUCAUUAAAAAAGAGGCAAUUUUAAUUACAAAACAAUAUCACUUGAUCGUCGUUGUCACAGGAACAAUGAAAAUCAGUUGAGCAUUUCACAACGUGCACCAUUGAGGUAAAAAAUAUAUACAAGUUUUGUUGCAUGCUGUAAGUCACUGUCAGGUCCAUCAAUUUGACAUUCAGACAUAAAAGACAAGGAGGAGACGGGAAACUCAAUUCUGGUACCUGGGGGAACGAGGAGAAGCAUUGGUUUCAGUUCUCUGCAUGUCACCCAAGGAUCUCCCCGCUCGCCCUCUCAUUUAUUGGGAAUCUACCGGGAAUGGGUGUGUCCAACCUAAAGGAUGAGGGCUGUUGAAGACACACUGAACUUGUUUGACUAUGUGUGUGUAUAUGUGAGUGAAAAUUACGUACAUGUGUGCAAUCAUUACAAAAACACCAAGUUGCAUCUGGUGUUGACAGUUCCGUCCAUGUCCAACCAUGCUCCCGUUUAGUCUUAAUACUUAUCUCUUCCCAACCACUUCCUCGGAUAGGUGGUUGCGUCCCUCAACUGCCACACAGUGCACUAAGAAUUCUUGAUUAUCAAUGUGAGUAUAUAAUGAGGAUUAUAUCUUUAUUCAAAGAAUGAUUGUCUACUCAUUCAAUUGAUCAAUCAGUAUUUUAUUUACAAACUCCAAUUCCAGUUAUGUUGGGGUGCUGUGUUUCCCUUGCCCAGACGUGGGUCACCGGGGCCCCCAUCUGGAGGCAGGCCUGGGGGUGGGGCUCAUUGGCGAGCGACUGGUGGCCGGGCCUGCACCCAUGGGGCCCGGCCGGGCUCAGCCUGAAGAGGCAAUGUGGGUCCCCCUUCUCAUGGACUCACCACCAAUGGGAGGGGCCAAAGGGGUCGGGUGCAGUGUGAGCUGGGCGGCAGCCAAAGGCAGGGACUCUGGCGGUCCGAUCCGCGGCUGCAGAAGCUAGCUCUAGGGACAUUUAAUGGCACCUCUCUUGCAGGGAAGGAGCCCAAGCUGGUGUGUGAGGUCGAAAAGUUCUGACUGGAUGUAGUCAGACUUGCCUCCACACACAGCCUGGGUUUUGGUACCAGUUCUCUUGUGAGGGAUUGGACUCGAUUCCACUCUGGAGUUGCCCACGGUGAGAGGCGCAGAGCAAGUGUGGGCAUACUCAUUGCCCCACGGCUCAGUGCCUGCACAUUGGGGUUCACACCGGUAGACGAGAGGGUUGCCUCCCUCCAUCUUCGGGUGGGAGGACGGGUCCUGACUGUUGUUUGUGCAUACGCACCCAACAGCAGUUCAGCGUACCCAACCCUUUUGGAGUCCUUGGAGGGUGUGCUGGAUAGUACUCCUGCUGGGGACUCCCUUGUUCUGCUGGGAGACUUCAAUGCUCAUGUGGGCAAUGACAGUGAGACCUGGAGGGGUGUGAUUGGGAGGAACGGCCCCCCCGAUCAGAACUCGAGUGGUGUUUUGUUAUUGGACUUCUGUGCUCAUCACGGAUUGUCCGUAAUGAACACCUUGUUCAAACAAGCGUGUCCAUAUGUGCACUUGGCACCAGGACACCUUUGGCCGCAGUUCGAUGAUUGACUUUGUGGUUGUAUCAUCGGAUUUGCGGCCGCAUGUGUUGAACACUUGGGUGAAGGGAGGGGCGGAGCUGUCACCGGAUCACCACCUGGUGGUGAGUAAGCUCCGAUGGUGGGGGAAAAUGCCCGUCCGGCCUGGCAGACCGAAACUAUUGUGAGGGUUUGCUGGCAGCGUCUGACAGAAUCCCCUGUCAGAAAGAGUUUCAACUUCCACCUCCGACAGAGUGGACCAUGUUCUGAGCCUCUAUUGUUGAGGCGGCCAAUCUGAGUAGUGGCCGUAAAGUGGUUGGUGCCUGUUGUGGGAACCCCUGUACUCGCUGGUGGACACCAGCAGUAAAGGAUGCCGUCAAGCUGAAGAAGGAGUCCUAUCGGGCCUUUAUGGCCUGUGGGACAACCAAAAGCAGCUGACGGGUAUCGACUGGCCAAGCGGAAUGCAGCUUCGGUGGUUGCCGAGGCAAAAACUUGGGCAUGGCAGGAGUUCGGUGAGGCCAUGGAAGCCGGCCUCCGGACAGCUUCGAGGAAAUUCUGGUCCACCAUCCGACGUCUCAGGAGGGGGAAACAAUGCAUUGUGUACAGUGGGGAUGGGGCGCUGUUGACCUCGACUUGAGAUGUUGUGAGCCGGUGGGCGGAGUACUUCAAAGACCUCCUCAACUCCACCAGCACGUCUUCCUUGGAGGAAGCAGAGUCUGCGGACUCUGAGGUGGCCUUUCCUAUCUCUGUGGUUGAAGUCACCAAUGUGGUUUUGGAAGAUCCUCAGUGGCAAGGCCCCAGGGGUGGAUGAGAUCCCCCCGGAGUUCCUCAAGGCUCUAGAUGUUGUGGGGCUGUCCUGGUUGACACGCCUCUGCAACAUCGCGUGGUCAGCAGGGAUAGUGCCUCUGGAUUGGCAGACCGGGGUGGCGGUUCCUCUUUUUAAAAAGGGGGACCGGAGGGUUUGUACCAACCAUAGAGGGAUCACACUCCUCAGCCUCCCUGGUAAGGUCUAUUCAGGGGUGCUGGAGAGGCGGGUCCGUCAGGAAGUAUAGCCUCAGAUUGAGGAGGAGCAGUGUGGUUUUCGUCCCGGCUGUGGAACAGUGGACCAGCUGCCCACCCUUUGCAGGGUCCUCAAGGUUUAUGCGGGAAUUCGCCCAACCAGUCUAGAUGUGUUUUGUGGACUUGGAGAAGGCGUUUGAACGUGUCCCUCAGGGAGUUCUGUGGGGGGUGCUUCGUGGAUAUGGGGUACCAAACCUCCUGAUCCGGUCUGUUGGGUCAUUAUACCACCGAUGUCAGAGUUUGGUUCGCAGUAAGUUGGAAUCGUUUCCAGUGAGGGUUGGACUCCGCCAAAGCUGCCCUUUGUUGCCGAUUCCGUUCAUAACCUUGAUGGACAGAAUUUCUAGGCGCCACCGAAGCGUUGAGGGGGUCCGUUUUGGUGGCCUCAGUAUUGCAUCUCUGCUUAUUGCAGAUUAUGUGAUACUGUUGGCUCCUUCAAGCAGUGCUCUCCAAUUCCCACUGGAGCGCUUUGCAGCCGAGUGUGAAGCGGUUGGGAUGAAAAUCGGCACCGCCAAAUCUGAAACAAUGGUCCUCAGUCGGAAAAGGGUGGACUGCCCUCUACGGGUCGGGGAGAAGAUCUUGCCCCAAGUGCAGGAGUUUAAGUAUCAUGGGGUCUUGUUCACGAGUGAGGGCAGGAGAGAGCGAGAGAUCGACAGGCGGAUCGGUGCAGCGUCUGCUCUGAUGCGGACUUUGUAUCGGUCUGUCGUGGAAAAGAAGGAGCUGAGCCAAAGGGCGAAGCGCUCAAUUUACAGGUCGAUCUACGUUCCAGCAAUCAUCUAUGGUCAUGAGCUAUGGGUCGUGACCGAAAGAACGAGAUCCCGGAUACAAGUGGCCAAAAUGAGCUUUCUCCGCAGGGUGUCCGGGCUCUCUCUUAGAGAUAAGGUGAGAAGCUCGGUCAUCCGGGAGGGGCUCAGAGUCGAGCCGCUUCUCCACCACAUCGAGAGGAGCCACAUGAGGUGGCUUGCGCAUGUGAUUCGGAUGCCUCCUGAACGCCUCCCUGGUGAGGUGUUACGGACAUGUCCCACUGGGAGGAGACCCCGAGGACAACCCAGGACACACAGGAGAGGCUAUAUCACCCAGCUGGCCUGGGAACGCCUCGUGGUCCCUGGGGAGAGCUGGAAGAAGUCGAUAGGGAGAGGGAAGUCUGGGCUUCCCUGCUAAUGCUGCUGCCCCCGCGACCCGGCCAUGCAUAAGCGGUAGAAGAUGGAUGGAUGGAUGGAUGGCCCGAAACUUUUACUAUGGGCAAUCAGAAUCAUCUUUAUUGACCAAGUAUGUAGAACAUACAAGGAAUUUGUCUCCGGUAUAACACGCUGCAUUAGUAUCACCAUAAACAAGGACAUGACAAAUAGGUAUGGAAGGACAUUUUGUAAUGUAAGUGAACCGUAGUGCGGUGGUACCACCCAGUGACAACUGUGAGACAAUGUGCAAAGUAUCAAGCAGAGCUAAAGUGAUCGGUGGUAGAAUACAAUACUAUGACAGUUUGUAUAGUUGGUACAGAAAAUCAUUGAACCAUUUUCGAGUGACCAGUAGCAUUAUUUUUUGGACAAGAAGAGUGACUACGUCAGUGACUGUUUAGGGAGAUAAUGUCUAGAGGGAAGAAGCUGUUUAAGUGUCUGCUGGAUUUGGUGCGCAUUGAUCUGUAGCGCCUGCCUGAGGGGAGUAGCUGGAAAAGGUGGUGGGCAGGGUGCGGGGGAUCCAGGAGGAUUUUCCGUGCCCUUGUCUUCAUUCAUGCAGUGUGCAAGUCUUCAAGAGUGGGUAGGGCGGUGCCAAUGAUUUUUUCCGCCGUCCUAACUGUCCGUUGAAGUCGGAUUUUGUCCUUUUUUGUGGCGGCCCCAAACCAAACCGUGAUGGAAGAACACAGGAUUGAUUCGAUGACUGCCGUGUAGAACUGACGUAGCACCCCCUGUGGCAGGCCAUGCUUCCUCAGCAGCCUCAGGAAGUACAUCCUCUGCUGGGCCCUUUUCAGGAUGGAGAUGGUGUUGACUUCCCACUUCAUGUCCUGGGAGACUGUGAUUCCCAGGAACUUGAAUGUCUCGACGGUUGACACGGGGCAGUUGGAUAGUGUGAGGGGCAACUGUGGAGAAGAAUGUUUCCUGAAGUCCACGAUCAUCUCUAGAGUCUUGAGCGUGUUCAGCCCGAGGUUGUGUCGGCUGCACCAGA